AAAAUAUUCUGCAACAUUUUUUUCCCCCACCAGACAGCCUAAUUCAAGCAACAGCCUUUUUUUCAAAACCGCCAAUUCUCUUAUCGGAAGCGACUAGAGGAGAAAAGGAAAACAAAGGAAAAUGUCACCGGAGGGAAACUUCGCCGGCAUAAACCCCGAGCGCCUCAAAAUGCUCCAGGCAAGGGAGAACCCCGCGCCGAGGGAUUUCUCCGGCAGAGGCCGAGAUCGAGGCUGGGGUCAGGGCGGAAGGGGCGCUGGUAGCGGCAGUGGAAGGGGAGGUGGUAGGGGAGGUUAUCGAGCGACUGGGCGAAGAUUCGUUUUUAAUGAAGGUGCUGGUUCUCCUGCUGUGGCGAAUGGUGGGACUAAAGAGUCUACACCUGCCGAGGAACAACUUUCGGGGGCGGAGAUGAGAUUAGCAUUUAAGAGGAACCAGGAGAGGAAGAGUGGCGCUGUAGUCGAGAAUUGUGCGAAUAGUGUGAAAGAGGAGGAAAGGAAGAGGAAACGGGAUGAUGAGGGUGCUGUCGCGGCCGAAUCUUCACCACCAAAAACCUCCAAAAGGCACAAGGACAGCAAGACCAAUGGCGUCACUGCCGCUACCAAUGGCGCUCCAACCCUGGAUGAGAAGCGGAAGCACAAGAAGAAGAAAGAAAAGAGGGACGACAGAGCGAAAAGGGCAAAAAGGCAUGCAAUAGAGGUAGGGGAAGUAGUAGUCCCUUCCCCCAGCGGAGCCCGCUCAUCUAAGCAACUAAACGACGACCCAGACCUGUCCAAAGAAGCCAAAAAAGCCGCCAAAAAGGAGAGGAAGGAAAAAAGGGAAAAGAGGAGAGCCGCAAUAAUAGAAGAACCUGUCAAUGGCGAUGUGGGGCCCAGUGAACAUACUUCCGGAUCUAAGACAAAAACAAAAAAGGACAAAAAGCCAAAAAAGGGCAAAUCUAAAGAGCCCUCCUCUUCGUCCACGGACCCCACACCCGCAAAAAGAUCCAAGAAAUCCAAAACGGAAAUCUUAGCAGGAGAAGCCGAGUACAAGUGGACCGCGGUAGCAGCAGACCUUCCCGGCGACGAUCAGCGAAAGUCAAAGUUCUUGCGAUUGCUAGGUGCUGGCGCUGGUGCUUUGGCAGCAACAGUGCCAACUGCCAAUGGUUCGGCUUCGUUGUCGUCGUCGUCCGCCAAGACCAGAGAGAAAGACCUUGAGAGGCAGUACGAUGCUGGCCUCAAGGUGAAGGGGAAGAAGCGGAGAGGUCUUGGUGCGUAAUAGGGUGACAAAAAAAAGGGGGGUUGAAGCUAUGGGGUAGAAAUCGAUUUGUUUAUGUAGGGCAAUGAUGAAAAAAGUAAUGGAUGUCUCAAGGGUUG